UUAUCAGAUUUUGUUUGUCAUGGAAACAAAAAAUCUAAUUAACCACAUAAAUACAAUUUGAUGUCUCAUAGUUACAGCAAGUUAGACAAUUAUAACGAAAAAAUACACGAACAAAAUGAAGAUUAUAGUUAUAAUAACAAUAUUUUGCAGUAUUUUUAAUAUAAUCCAAUCAAACCUGCGUGAACAACGAGCGACUUGCAAACCGUCAGUUGAUAUUAAAUGUGAUAAGAAAGCCAAUAAACGAUUCACGUACUACGUUUAUCAUCAACUUGCUGAUGUAAAGCCAGGAUGUGUUGGUAACAAUAUAAUAAAUGCCGAAUGGACCUUAACUUCGUUACAUUCAAAGCAAACGGUGUUCACGCAUCGCGAAGAUCCAAAAACUACAACUACCGAAAUUACUGUUACUCUUCCAGCACGAAUUGCACCACCGGGAAAUUAUAUCUUACAAUUGCAUGCUGUAGAAAAGGGUGGAGGAACAACAAUUGCACAAUGUCCGAUAAAUUACAUAUCGGAACCUCCCGUGAUAAUAUUCAAACAAGGACACUUACAAUACGUUCUAACCGGUCUUGCGUACACGGUGGACAUAACAGAUUCACGCUUUCAUUUCAAAAGAGAACCAAAAAUAAACUGGAGUAUUAGGUGCGUAUACAAGAAAGAAACUAAAGAAAUAUGCAUGAAGCAAAUUAAAUGUCAAGAUGCUGCUCCAAUGAAAGGUCUUAAAUUUAUUGGGAUUAUGAAUCCAUGCUUCGAUGAUUUGCAAUUUACCGCGAUGGUAAGACACGAUCAAGGAGAAGUUUCCGCGACACAUUAUGUCACACCUCGGAAAAUAUUCAGCUGUAAAGUUGAUAUAAGCUGUGAAAAAAACUGUGAUAAAGGUGGUUCUUAAAUGUCCAAUCCGACACUUAACGUUGUCUUGAAGUUAAAACCUUCAAACGCUAAUUGUUUGGGUUUUAAUAGUUGGAGACCCAAAUGGAUUGUUCAAGGAUCACAAAAAAUACCUGCAGAUAAGUUAGAAAUAAUCAACGAAAAUAAGCGAAUGAUUAUUCCAAAAAAUUCUAUGAAGUAUUCCGACUCUGUUGCUGUGGUAGCGACUGUAAAAGACAAUUUUGAAUCGUGGUUCAGAAUUAAAACCAUUCCGAAAAUAGUAAAACCCGAUUGUAAAAUCACGCCGUCGAGUGGUAUCAGUUUAAAGACAAAGUUUCUAGUGUCUUGUACCGCUAAAGACCAACAUUUGGAUACAUUUGGACCAUAUUAUACUGUUUAUCAAAUAGUAAAUGGAAAAAAUAAUUUAGUGGUGUCAACUGCGGAUCAACACUUUCAAGUGUUACUCUCUUCAAUCAAAGGGCAACCUUCACAAACAUUAGUAAUAGAAGGCCGAGAUAUUUUUCACAAUUCUUUCGAGUGUAACGUCAAUCCAAUCACGAUUAGAAAAGCUGAUCUUUCAAAAAAGAAGAUAGAAGAAGACUUGAAAACUUUGAACGAGUUAAGUAAAGAAGGGAAUCCCAUUGGGCCGCAAUAUGCGGCUGCUUUACUGAACGAAGUGAAUCAACAAGCUGUUGGUAAAGAUAUUGAAAAAAUGGUGAAAGCAAACAUUAUGAAGUCAAUGAACGAAGUUGACAUUCAAGCAAUGUCCACUUACGAACAAAUCUCGAGCAUAACAUCAAGAUUUGUAGAUGUUGGUCAGGUAGAUACAAAGUAUAAAGAAAACUUGGCUAAUCUUUGUAAACGAAUGGGGAGUAUACAUUUAAAAGAACUACACAAAAAUGUCUAUGCUAAAUAUGAGGAGACAACUGCUAAAGCACAAGCCCAAUUAAAUGCUGAUUGCGGUGAAAAACUCCUUGAAGAAACCAUAGAAGAAGAAAAAGUCGAAACCACUACAAUGCCUGAUGUAGAGCCGGUGAUCAAAGAAGAUUACCCUGAUUAUGAAAUGCCUUUUGGCAACCCUGCCAUAGAUGCUAUCAAAACUAGCGGUCUAGAUAUCAUAACAGAAAGUUCCAAAGCAAUAGCAACCACACUCAGCGGAGGUGAACAGUAUCUUCAAACAACCAACACAACUCAAUCAUUGAUUGCAGUUGAAGAAGGGAAAUAUAUGGCAUCUAAACCAAUGGAAAUCGGCACCAUAUCCGUUCUCCCAUCAAAGCAAUUUAAAGACGAAGGAGAAAAUUUAAUCACUGCUAUUAUCAGCAAUUAUGAUAAGGACAUGCUAACACCAAGUAGCGAUCUAUCAUCAAACAUCGUAGAAGUAAACUUUUUUAAGGACUCUAAGAAAAUGUCCGGAACAAGUUACAAUAUACAAUUUCCCAUUUUAAAUGAGAGUGUACCAUAUGACAGUUAUAAAGUGAAAGCACCCAAAGCAGAUGAUGAAUUUUUACAAAUUGAUAGGAAAAUGAACGUGCACAGGCUGAGUUUAUACGCUUUGGAGACAUGUUUAAUAAGGUUUAAGAUAGAGAAACAUGUCAAACUCAGGGUAGCUCUAAGUGUUAACCAACGCCCGAGAAAUCAUCAUUUUACUAAUAAACCAUCGAAAUUUACUGUUGAUGGAAGCAAAACUAGUAGCUGGACAAUUGAAAAUCCUUACCCUAGAUCUGAAACCGACACCUUGUUUUAUGUGGCUGUGAUACCACAUACUGAUAUGUUACAUGAUAAUCCUGCUGAUAUGAUUCCGUAUGAAGUACAAUUCACACAAAUCGCAUGCGUUACCUACAGCAGAUCAAAACAUAAAUGGGUACCAACUGCAGGAUGCAAUGUUAAAGUAACCGGAGGUGAUAAUGACUCUUUGGUACAUUGUAUCUGUUCAACAACGUCCCUACACAGUGUUUUCUUUAAACCUAUCCCAAAUCGCCUCGAAAUCCAAAUGGAUAUUGAAUACGUCAUCGCAGACUUUGUCAACUAUAUAAUAUUUAUUCACGUGAUCGUUGUCCUCAUUGCUUAUGCAAUAGCUUUGGCUUUGAGUAUCAAGCGUCAACCGAAAAUAUUUGGACGUGAUAAAAUCUUCUUCCUUUCCGAUAAUCUAAAAAAUGACCGGUUUUGCUACAUGCUGGUUGUACGCACAGGAUCCUUGGCAUCUGCAGGCACAACGUCGAAUAUAAUGGCGCAGAUUACCGGUACGAAAGGAAAAUCCAAACCGCAUGUAUUAAACUAUCCUGAUCCAGGAUGUUUACUAUUACAACGUGAUAGUAUUGACUGGAUGAUACUGACAAAUGCAACACACCUCGGUGAUUUGGAGUCUAUUUUAUUAUGGACUGAUGGAAUCGGCUUGUACCCCGAAUGGUUCUGUCAAGAUAUUACCAUUUUUGAUUUACAAAAACAAACACCAUAUCAGUUUAAAGUCAACACUUGGAUAUCACCCUUAGAAAAACAUUCAUAUUACAUAAGAGUAAAUGUUACUCCAGACACAGGAGAAAAAACUAAAGAAAAAGUUAAUUUAGUCAAACAUUUGAGGUUUCAUUACCUCGGAAGGCACACAUGGAAUAUUUUUGUGAAAGACGAUGAAGAAUUGACUUAUCCAGAGAGAUUAACAGUGAUUCUAAGCAUGAUUUAUACAACUUAUACCGUGGUGAUUUGGUUACUUCGACCGCCUAGUCUUUCACGAGCGGAUUCCUUUGGUUAUGGAUCAUUGCGAGUUUACACUGAAAUAUUUUGCUUCGUGCUUGCAAGCAGUGUAAUAUCUAGUGCCAUUCACCUAACUAUUGUUUAUUUCCUACGAAAUAGUAAACGAAGUGAAUUGUCUGUGGCUUUGGUUGUUGCAAUCAAAAGAUUCCCGUUCAAAACACGAAAAGUCAUAAGAUAUACUCUAAUUGGAUGGAUUAUAUUCUGCUUGGCUUAUUUGAUAAUCUUUGGUUUUUGGAUGCCAUAUAAAUCAGCAUAUUUAUGGAUAAUUAUUACUUUUCUCUCAAUUUUGAUGUCGAUCAUCGUCUGGGAAAAUGUAUUUAUCAUUGCUGUUGAUAUUAUAACCUCACAUGUUGGCUAUGUGGAAAAAUUAGUGUAUCGGUUUGAUGCAAUUGUGAUUGAAAUCGAACGACAGCGAAAAGUACUCUUUAAAAAGUUUGGAGAAGUGUUGAUGCGGCCAUAUUUCAGGAAACAUUACCGGCUGCUAACACCCAAUGAAUUAUUCAAUUUACGGCAAACAAUUAAGACAAGACUUGAAGUUGCUAGUUUAUUCAAAGACAUGUGUCUAUUUCUUCUUUUCAUCGCGAUUCUUUAUUUGAUUUGCAUAGUUCAAUACGAUUCUGUUAUCCAUCGAAGCAACAGAAUGAUGCAUCGAAUGGUCGAGGAGAGUAUUUACAGCGACAGAACACAUUUAUUAGACAACAUUGAAAAAAUCGAAGAUGUGUAUGAUUAUUUGGAACACGUUAUAAUACCAUUAAUCCACCCAACAAAAUGGUACGGCAAAUGGUACGCGUCUGAUGCUGGCCUUUUAGCGGAUUUCGCAACAAGAAUUUUGGGUGUUGUUCAAUUACGACAACAACGCCGUCAACAAAAAUGUACUGUACCUGAUCCUCUUCAAGUAUUGCAAAUUCCAUGCACUAAUGAUGCACCAAUUUUUGAUAAAUGGGAUCAUUAUAACGGAUCAGACAUAACCUCAACAAUAGGACAUUAUAAAAUGUAUGACGGAAGUGGCUACAUUGCAUACCUCGGAAGAACAUUAAAAAACUCGAAAUUUAUCCUUGAAAUUCUCCGCGAACACAAAUGGAUAGACAUAAACACAGCCGUGUUGUUUAUAGAUUUUCUCACCUACAACGCGAAUCUAAACAUGUUCAAUGGCGUUCGCAUAAUAAUCGAGCGAUCACCAAGCGGACGAUAUCGCAAAUCAAGCCAAAUCUUCACCACAUCACUGAUUUACACCGACAUUUUCUUAGAACUAUUGACCGCGUUUCUUUUAAUUCUACUCACCAUUGUUAUUGUAAUAAUGCUGCUCAAGCGGCUGGUGCAGAUUCUGGUCUUCAAAGGAAAAUACUUCAAUAACUUCUGGAAUCUUCUCGAUGUUACCUUAUCCAUUCUCAGUGUGCUUCUCAUAACAUUGUUUUUCAUGCGUAGACAAUACACCGCUGAUCUGUUAAAAACUAUUGUUGAGACUGACCACAACAGAUUCGUUAAUUAUUACCAUUUAAUAACACUUUCGGAGGCAACCACGAUUAUUUAUGGCAUUACACUAUCACUAGCGACUUUACGAUUAUGGAAGUUCUUACACUUUGGUGUUUUGUUUCGAAUCAUGGAACGUGCUAUCUUACAAGCUGGCCCGCACUUAUUAGGAAUGUUUCUGUAUCAAAUUAUUGUCUAUCUUAUGAUGGUCAGUUUUAUUUACCCGAUAUUUGGAGAGAAUAUGCACGAAUUUAGAGAUUAUUACAGCGCGCUAGUGACGUUGUACCUCGCGUCAAUAAACUUCACUGAACACUUGCCGAAUCUCUACACUAGCAUGAACACGAGUUUACUCUACCUGAUAUAUUCGUUUUAUCUGGUGCUAUCUGUGUGUUUCUUGAACUUGUAUGCGACAACACUGAUAAUCAGCUUGGAAGAGAGUCGAAUUUAUUAUUCAAACGGCACCCAUUUAUAUUCAAUUCACACUUAUGUCUUGGAUGUAUUUUAUUUCUACAAAGAGAAACUCAGAAGGCAUUUGGAAGGUACCAGAUUAAAGGGUGGUGCAUCCUGGGAAAACUUUCAAGUUGAUGUUGAUAGAUUAGUAUAUCCCAAAGGAGAGGAACAUCGAUAUGCAGAUAUUAUAUCGAUGAAUAAACGCAAAAUGAACUUAAUGAGAACCAUAGCCAUAGUGGCUAUAAAAAAUAUGACUAAAUAUGGCCGCCAAAAUAAAGAACCUACAGAACAGGACCUAUAUUUAAUGGCACAGAUCGUUGUCAAUUUAAUUAAGACACAGGAUGAUCAAAAGGAGAAAUUUGCGCAUAUUUUCUUCAAAGGUUUUGAUCCUACAACUGGAAAGUGUACGUUUGUACCGGAUACAAAGCUACUGCAGAUGGAAAUGAUUGUUAAAAAAUUGUUAGAAGGUAAAGUAGAAGAGAUAAAAAUCGAACAAGAUUUGUUAGAUCUAGUAAUUCAUCAAAGUGGAGAUGGAGCGAGAUUAACAUACAUCAACAAAUGUCUUGAAUUGAUAAAUCGCACAAUUAAUCAUAUUAUUGUCGUGGAAGACAAGAGAAAAAUACGAGAGAUUCAAAGUAUUUCGAAAACAAAACCAGAAUUGAAAGAUGAAUUAUAUGAAGAUGAUAAUGAUGAUGUUGUUGCAACUAAAGAAGCAACAACUCAAAGUGAACAGAAAUGACAGACGGCCAUUUUGUAAACGGACGCAAACAUGUUUAAUAAUUAAAAUACUUUUAAUCUCAAGCUUAUGCUAUGAAAAUAAGUUAAUAUUCGGGCCCCAAAUUUUAAUAUCACUAUCAUCACCAGCGCUCACCACUGUUUUCAGGUCGGAACUCAUGUCCAAUGAUAAAAUAGCACCUGUUUAAGAAAAUCGUUACAAAUCAUGCAGAAUUAUUAAGAAAAUCACUUUACCUCUAUGCGCUUGCACCUCCAUCAACAUCCUCACAGCAUUUAUAUCCCACACAUAUAAUUUCCCAUCAGCAGAUCCUAACAACAAAAUAAA